GAGAAUGAUAGUUCUUAAGGUCAGAAAGACCAAAAUUUAAAUUCGGCUCUAAACACUUAAAAGCUUUAUGACCUUAAUUAAGUAUGUCACUUAACCUCUUUAUGCAUGUUUCCCAUUAUAAAAUGAAGACAGACUGUAAAAAAGAAAUGACAAAACCACUCCACCAUCUUUCCCAUUCAAAUAUAACUGAACAUUCCUGAACAUGCCUAUUUUCUAGUCUAAUUGUUAACUGAACUCUACCACACUUAAUUGGCCAACAUAAGAACUAGACAAGGUACAUUCCCAGAACUCAAAUUAACUUUUAAAACUCUGUCAGUCACUGACUCCUGUUAUCGAUAAAUAACUUCUAAUUUUCUGUGUCACUCUCCUUGGGGAAAAAAAGUACAAUUUAGGUUCAGAUUUGGCCUCAGACACUUCCUAGAUAUGUGAACUUGGGCAAAAUAAAAGGCAAGGGUUUAAAAAAAUCUUCCAAAUCAAAAAGCCCUCAAUUUCAUUUCUAUCUUCCCCACCAAAUCAUGAAGAAAAAUAUGCUGCAGCUCUUUGAUUUUCCAUAAAUCCAAUCUAGAUCUUUCUUUUUCUGGUCCUAUGUCUCCUUUCUCAAAACUCCAACACUAAUUGCCUACCUGUCCCCAGCCAAAUGCCAAAAAGAUUGAACAACCCAAAUUGUGUGCCUGUAUUGCCACAUACUAGCUAAAUCAUUUCCCUAUACAUACCUCAUGCAGCCUCCAAAACCAGCUAGCCAUAGCACCUGCCUCUUCCUCCCUAUCCCCAGCUUUGUCAUCCCCCUUCACCUUGGCUAUUUCUUCAAGUAUCACCCUUCACAAGCAGCUGAUGCAGACUGAGGUGCAAGAUCAGGAAUGGCAGGAGUGGAAAGAGAAUGUGACAUCAUCUUGGUUACCAAGCAGCUCAGUUCCUCCAGUUUUACCAGCUGUUUCUGUUGUCUUUGGGUCUAGCCCUCGUGGAUCCCAUCAAAGUGACUGCCUUACCAGGCCAAUCUCAGGCCAGAUAUCCAUAGGCAUGCCCAAGAUUAAUGAGGUAUUAAAUGAGACCAUCAGCCUUGAUUCAAGCUACCAUAAUGAUAUUCUUAGCUACCUGCCUGAGGUUUCUGGAGAUCAACAGCUCCCAAGUAUGCUGCCUGCAUCUGGGAAUAUACUGGAUGCAAGCAAUUGCCAAGAAUCCGUGGAUCCAGUUGUCCCUGUUAACAAUGGUCCAAAUGAACUGACUGGUUUCAGAAAAGAUAUUUCUGAUGAUGAGACAAAAGCCCUUCUGAAGGAGCGUCAGAAAAAGGACAAUCAUAAUCUUAUUGAAAGGCGACGACGUUUCAACAUUAAUGACAGGAUCAAAGAACUAGGAACCUUGAUCCCCAUGUCUGGCAAACUGGAGGUGCGCUUGAACAAAGGAACCAUCCUAAAGGCCUCAGUUGAUUAUAUACGAAAGCUGCAGAAAGAGCAACAACGGGCCAAAGAUCUGGAGAAGCAACAGCUUGUCUUGGAGCAAGCCAACCGAAACCUGCAGCUUAGAGUCCAGGAACUGGAACUACAAGCCCAAAUCCAUGGCCUCCCAAUAUCUUCUGUUUUGAAGCCUGAGGAAAUUGAAGGCAGCUAUAUUCCACAAUUCUCACCUCCACAUGCACUACUGGACCUCCAUUUUCCUAUGGAUCCAAUGUAUGAUGUAGGAGAAGAUCCCUUCCACCUGGGUCUUGAAGGCAUUCUGAUAAAAGAGGAAGCAGCUGUGGGUCCAAAUCCUACCCUGGGGAUCCCAUCUGUAACAAUGUCUCCACUCAGGGCCACCACUGAUCCCCUGCUUUCCUCUGUCUUCUCAACUCCUUCCAAAUGUAGCAGCAGCCACAGAUGCAGUUUCAACAUGGAAGAAGAGCCUUAAUGAUACCUUCUUCCUUUCUCAUAGAAUUGAAGCUAGAUCCUACUCUAGGGUAUUCUGUCUAUAUUUACAUCUUGCACCAUACCAUGCCUGUUAUUAUUUCCUGAAUAUUCAAAAACCAUAUUUCAUGUUCUAAGCUUCAACCCUUUCAAGAGCUUUCAACCCUGGGAGAAUUUCUACUGUAAUAGGUGUAAACUCCUAAAUAUUGCUUUUUGCCUAUGUAUGUGUAUCUUUUGAGGGCUAGGGGAAGGAGGGAGGGAAAUGGUACUUCUUUAAAUGUUCCUUGCCUAUUUACACAUUUAUAUUUUCUGAUUAAAUCCCAUCAAAGAAGUGAAGUAGUAUGGAAGCCAUUUGUAUAAGGCUGAAGUAACUCCAGCACUAAU